GGAGAGCGCAUGAGCAACACAUGCUCCCAGUAGGAGCGCACAUCUUAGAGCACGAAGUUUGACCAACCCUGUCUCUUCUAACAAUAACGACGUGUUGUCACCCCUCAAGAACUCAGGUUGUGUUUUAAGGGGAGGAAGCAGUGAAGUCGAGUGGAGGAGAAGCAGUUAGUCUUGGGUUACAGACCUGGAUUAAUGCUUGGCUUAGGACACCAGAGGAAACCAACUCUUCUCUCAGAGGAUCCUUUUCUUCAACACAGUAAUACCCUACCGAGGACUCAGGGCCUUUGACAGUUAUCAUCACUGACUGUUCAAACCCAUUCACAGUCAGACGGACAUCUUUCACCACGUAUCUAAUCCUAAAAGUACACACUAUAUAGGGAGACCGCAGGGUGAGAGUGUUUACUUGUUAGACCCACACUGGGCUAUAGACAGAGCUCUGCUUUUCAAACCCACUAACUGCCCCUUCCCUGGAGAAAAGGCUUACUUAGCAUCUAAUGCUGUGCGUUGCUUUCACAUUCAGCAUCAUUGUUCCACUGAUCCCCCCCCUCUGAUCUGAUUAGCCUUUUAGCCUCUCAUAUUGUUUACGCAAAUAUAUACACACACACACAGGCGCAUGCUGCUGUCAUGCUGUCAGCUCGUUUACACAUCUACGUCUCGCCUGGCUGUGAUUAGCAUCCACUACAGACAACACCUGGGUAUAUCGCAUCUGUACACAAUUAGCUCCCAUUGAGGAACCUGGGUAGUACUACUAGUACAGUACGCUGUUGCCCUGUGCUGUACUGCUGUGUUUAUCCACACUGGCAGGUGCCUGUGUCAUGUCCGGUCUGUCAAGGUGGAUGUCUGUGUGAGAGAGUGGAUACGACAGGGCUCUGAUAAACACAUGUUCUGUAGUCAUCUACUACUGCCUAUGGGUCGGUCACUGUGAGCGGAAGAGGUACUGGUACUGAUCAUACUGUCUGUCUAUCACCCUGUCAGAAGGUAUCAAGAUCAAAUCUCUCUUGAAGAAGACACUUCAUCAAAAAAAGACUAACCUGGAUUAACAAAGGCUGAAUAGAACAUAUCACUGUCCAUCCGUCCCUCCGUACCCCUCUGGCCCACUACCCCCACCAUCCGUACCCCUGUGGCCCACUACCCCCACCAUCCAAUUUGUGUGCCAUUUCUGCCACCGGACCCCUUGGAGGAUGAAUGAUGUCCCCACUCUGGACUAUGAGCUGCUGCUGUCCCCUGGGCCCUCCCUCCCUGGGGCCCCCAGCAGUCCUCCUCUGGUGGGGGGUGACGCAGAGCAGAGGACGGCCUUUGCCUUCGUGGGGCUCCUCAUGCUUUUCCUUGUCUUCCUGCUGGUGCGCUGCUUCCGCAUCCUGCUGGACCCCUACAGCCGCAUGCCAUCCUCCUCCUGGACCGAACACAAAGAGGGUGCAGAGAGGGGGCAGUUUGACUACGCCCUGGUCUAGACCUGGGUCCUGUUCAUUAGGCACCAAACGGACUGAAACAGAGAGGGACUACCAGAACUUGUCCAAUAAGGAAGGCUUGUUUUUGUUUUUUUCUGUUGCACAACGCUUUGCUACGGUGUUCCCUAAUGAAAACGACCGUGGUAGGGUUUAAGGGGGGCAGUUUGACUGGCCCUGCUGUAGAAACAUACAAGUAGUCAGACUGGAGCUCUCAAGGCCCAGACAAAGACCAGAACCCUCAACACCCAGACCGAUAUCAGAACACUCAAGACCCAGACCGAGAUCAGAACCCUCAAGACCCAGACCGAGAUCAGAACCCUCAAGACCCACCUCGAGAUCAGAACACUCAACACCCAGACCAAGAUCAGAACCCUCAUAACCCAAACCGAAAUCAGAACCCUCAAGACCCAGACCGAGAUCAGAACCCUCAAGACCCAGACCGAGAUCAGAACCCUCAAGACCCACCUCGAGAUCAGAACACUCAACACCCAGACCAAGAUCAGAACCCUCAUAACCCAAACCGAGAUCAGAACCCUCAAGACCCAGACCGAGAUCAGAACCCUCAAGACCCACACCGAGUUCAGAACCCUCAAUACCCAGACAGAGUUCAGAACCCUCAAGACCCAGACCGAGAUCAGAACCCUCAAGACCACACCGAGUUCAGAACCCUCAAUACCCAGACAGAGUUCAGAACCCUCAAGACCCAGACUGAGAUCAGAACCCUCAAGACCACACCGAGUUCAGAACCCUCAAUACCCAGACAGAGUUCAGAACCCUCAAGACCCACAUGAGUUCAGAACCCUCAAUACGCAGACAGAGUUCAGAACCCUCAAGACCAAUACUGGGAUCAGAACCAUCAAGACCACACCGAGUUCAGCACCCUCAAG